CACAAGAAGAAGUUGAAAGUCCAUUCACACUUUCAAGCUGUUUCACGCUCUCAAAAUCAUUUUUUUAUUUUUGGUGAUGAAUGAAAUGAAGCAGAAUCAUAAUAUCAGUAUUGUGCGCAUAAAUUCUGUGGAGAAGAGAGAAGAGAAGAAAGAGUUAACAAGAACAGCAUUAAAGACAGAGAAUUUCAAUAUGGCAAAUUCUACAUUCAUUACACCACCACCAACAAGUGAUAUUGAUCACAUGCCUAAUGUAUUUUCUCUAUCAACACCACCACCACCACCAACAAGUAGCAUCUUUGACAUGAUACCAUGUGAUAUUACUACUGGUGGUGAUCAAAAGGCGGGGUCUUUAGGAUUUAUGGACUUGCUUGAUAUCAACCAAGAUUUUGGCGCUUCUGCUUCUUUAUUUGAAUGGUUUAAUCAGAAUCCGGUUGUCGGGUCUCCGCAGCAGCAACAGUCUUUUGUCCCUUCACCGGCAUCAACUGUACCGGAAACAUCGGAGGUGUUGAAUAACCCAGCAACUCCGAAUUCAUCAGCUUCUAUCUCUUCCUCUUCGAAUGAAGCAGGAGAGGAUGCUUUCCAACAAGUUAAAGCUGGAGAUCAAGAGGAAGAGCAGGAUCAAGAUAAGAACAAGAAACAGUUAAAACCAAAAAAGAGGAGCCAAAAAAGGCUAAGAGAGCCGAGAUUUGCUUUCAUGACAAAGAGUGAAGUUGAUCACCUAGAUGAUGGGUACAGGUGGAGGAAGUACGGCCAGAAAGCUGUGAAAAACAGUCCCUAUCCAAGGAGUUAUUAUCGUUGCACUAGUGCAGGCUGUGGUGUGAAGAAGAGAGUGGAGAGAUCAUCAGAUGAUCCAUCUAUUGUUGUUACAACAUAUGAAGGACAACACAUACAUCCAAGCCCAAUAAUUAGAGGAAGUAUUGGAAUCUUUGCUGAUUCUAGUGGUUUUGGUGCUGCAACGUCGUCUUUUGUAUUUCCGCAACCAGCUCUGUACCAGCAAAAACAUGCUUCCAUGUAUAGCUCAUCACCUUCUUUAAACUUUACUUCAAGUACUACUCGUUUUAGUCCUUCCUUUUCUCUUCAAGAGAGAAGGUUGGGGAACCCACCUUCUUUGCUUAGAGACCAUGGCCUUCUUCAGGAUAUUGUGCCCUCUCAGAUGAUCAGAAAGGAGGCUAAAGAGGAGUAGAUGGGUUUUGUAUUGGAUAUCGGUAUGUAAUUGAAUUCUAACUUACUUAUGGAGUUUUGUAUUUAUUUUUAGAAGAUCCCUCUGCACCGUUUACAUGAUAUAGAACCUUAUUGAUAAUGGAAAAUGAUUAGCCUUGUAGCUUAUAUAUAUGGAGGGGACUCGUUGAUCUCUUAGAUUAAUUUCUUCUUUUGCUGUAUUCUUUGUAUCCAGAGAUUAUAACAGUACGGAGAUGCUGGGUUUUGUAUCAUUGUUGUUCUCUUUAGAUAUUCAAUUUCUUUAUAUUCUUCCAGCA